AUGGCUGUCGAAGGUUUUGCCGUUGAUGGAUUUGCCAAUGGCUUUAACGACAAAAUAACGAUGUCAGUGGUUAUAACAUGCAUCGUGGCAGCAUCUAGUGGACUCAUAUUUGGAUAUGAUAUUGGCAUUUCAGGAGGAGUGACAACAAUGGAACCAUUUCUAAGUAAAUUUUUCCCAUCCGUAUUAAAGAAAGCAGCAGAAGCUAAAACAAACAUGUACUGCGUGUAUGACAGCCAGCUUUUGACACUGUUCACGUCCUCACUCAACAUAGCAGGCUUCAUUUCAUCACUCAUUGCUAGCCGUCUCACAGCCGCACUGGGCCGCCGGAACAUUAUGCUUCUCGGUGGCUGUACCUUCCUCGCCGGUGCUGCCAUUAAUGGCGGUGCCGUCAAUAUCGCUAUGCUAAUCUUGGGCCGGAUCCUUCUGGGCCUUGGCGUCGGUUUUACUAACCAAGCCACUCCUGUGUACCUCUCGGAGGUGGCACCUCCCAAGUGGCGCGGCGCAUUCAAUACUGGCUUCCAGUUCUUCAUAGCAAUCGGUGUGGUAUCGGCCAAUUGCUUAAAUUUCGGCACGGCUAAGCAUAGCUGGGGCUGGCGUCUCUCCCUAGGCCUCGCAAUAGUUCCGGCCGCUAUAAUGACAAUUGGAGCACUUGUUAUCUGGGACACGCCUAGCAGCUUGGUGGAACGUGGGAAAAUUGCUCAAGCCAAGCAAUCUCUAAUCAAAGUUCGCGGACUAAAAGCUAAUGUGGAAGCAGAGUUGGAUGAUCUUAUUAAAACUAGCCAAAUUUCUAAAGCAGCCAAUGAGGAACCAUUCGUGACCAUAUUGCAGAGACAAUACAGACCGCACCUUGUGAUGUCAAUAGCUAUACCUUUUUUUCAACAGAUCACUGGGAUUAACAUUAUAGCAUUCUAUUCACCUGUCAUGUUUCAAUCCGUUGGUUUUGGAAACGACUCUGCUUUAAUAGGAGCAAUCAUACUCGGUUUGGUCAACCUCUGUUCGAUCCUUGUGUCUUCGUAUGUUGUUGAUCGGUAUGGUCGGAGAUUUUUGUUCCUAAUUGGUGGAAUUCAAAUGUUUGUCUGUCAGGUAGCUGUGGCUUUGGUGCUGAUGGUUGCGACGGGAGUUUCAGGGACCAGGCAGAUUGCUGAGGGAUACAAUAUACUAGUGCUAGUGCUGAUGUGCGUAUAUGCUGCUGGUUUUGGAUGGUCAUGGGGACCAUUAAGCUGGCUUAUUCCAAGUGAAAUAUUUCCUCUGAAAAUUAGGCCAACAGGGCAAAGUAUAAGUGUGGCUGUGAAUUUCGCUACCACAUUUGUGCUAUCCCAAACAUUUUUGACGAUGCUUUGCCAUUUCAAAUUUGGGGCUUUCCUGUUCUAUGCGGGUUGGAUUACGGUGAUGACCAUUUUUGUUGCAGUUUUCUUACCGGAGACCAGAGGAAUCCCUUUGGAGUCCAUGUAUGGAGUGUGGGAUCGCCACUGGUACUGGAGUCGAUUUGUUAAAAACUGA